UUGAAGAACAAACAAACAAUCAAAAGUUACCAAUGAACACUUACAAGACCUACACUGAGCGUGCAAAGCAGCACCCCAACGCUUGUGCUCGUUCUCUUUUUGAACUUAUGGAGCGUAAGCAAACUAACCUUUCUGUCGCAGUCGACGUUACAACCAAAAAGGAAUUGCUUUCCAUUGCUGAUGCUGUAGGUCCAUUUGUCUGUGUUCUUAAGACCCAUAUUGACAUCGUGGAAGAUUUUGACGCUGAUUUGGUUGCACAGUUAGAAAACUUGGCCAAGAAACACGACUUUUUGAUCUUUGAAGAUCGUAAAUUUGCUGAUAUUGGUAACACUGUGAAACACCAGUAUGCCAGUGGUAUCUACAAAAUCGCUUCUUGGUCUCACAUUACCAAUGCUCAUACCGUUCCUGGUGAAGGUAUUAUUAAGGGUCUCGGUGAAGUUGGUCUUCCUCUUGGACGCGGUUUGCUUUUGUUGGCUGAAAUGUCAUCAAAGGGUGCUUUGACUAAAGGCAGCUAUACCACAGAGUCUGUUGAGAUGGCCCGUCGCAACAAAGACUUUGUUUUUGGUUUCAUUGCCCAACAAAAAAUGAACCAAUUUGAUGACGAAGACUUUGUCGUCAUGUCACCCGGUGUUGGUCUCGAUGUUAAGGGAGAUGGCUUGGGACAACAGUAUAGAACUCCUCAUCAAGUGAUUGUGGAAAGUGGUGGAGAUGUGAUCAUUGUUGGCCGUGGUAUUUAUGGCCAGCCAGAUCAAGUUGAAGCUCAAGCUAAACGCUAUCGUCAAGCCGGUUGGGAUGCUUAUUUGGAGAGAGUUCGUAUUCAUAAGUCCACAUAAAUAAAUCAAACAUUGCAU